UGGCCAGUGGAGUUUGAGCAAUCAAUUGAGCCGAACGAUCACUGAUCGCUGCAGCCAAAUACCGCUUAAUGCGCAAAUAAUUGUGGAUUUCGGGGGAAACGAGGCCAGCGAAAGUUCCGUAUAAAUAGGGGUUGAGCCGUCCAGGAGUUUACAAAUUCAUCCAAAACGCGGAGUGAACAUAAUGUUGCGUCUGAUUUGCGUGUUCCUGCUCAGCUGCGUUGGCUUCCAGGCAGCCUUGGCUUGCAAUGGCUACAAAGCCAAGCUGGUCAAGUUGGAGAACUGUGCCGGCGAGGAUGCCAUUAUGACGGUGGGCAGUGACUUCAGCCUGAAGCUAAACAAGAAGUGUGAACUGGUACCCUCGGGCUGCAUCAUGAACAAGCCGUUCAGUACCGCGGUGGCUAAGUUCAAGGUCCAGAAGGAUGGCAUCGUAAUGAAGGAGGGCAAGAUCGAUCUAUGCGCCGCCAUUGAUCAGGCCUCCUCCGAAGGUAAGGACAUGCUAAAGCUUUUCGGAGCACCUUCCUCCUGUCCGGUGGGCGAGGAGAAGGUGUGCGCCAACGAUCACUCCGUGGAUCUGAGCAAGUACAAGGCCAUGUUGGGCAUGGCUCGUGGUCACCUCAUCAUCGAUUCUGAGGUCAAGCAUGACACGGGCAAGUCCUGCAUUCAUGCCGAAAUCGAGAUCACCAAGAACUAGUGACGGAAUCCGAUCGUUGGUCUUAUGUUUGUAUUAUGAGUCUUGCAAAUCAUGUAGUUGUAAAUACGAGGGCAAAAAAAAAUUGGUAAUGCGGUGCACACACAGUGAUUAAAUAUACAGAAAAUACCGAAUUG